GGUUCGCGGGGUGUCUCCCGCGGGUCGGUGCGGUUACGGGCUGGUUCCGUCCGCCGCGGGGAGGCCGGGCGGUGGCUGCUGUGCCCCCGGCGCCUCCCCCGGGGCUCGGCCUCGCUCCUUACCGCGCUGCCACCCGGCCGCGAGGGGACGGGGGAGCGCCGCGGUUGCGCGGCUGCGCGGGGACCGGCGCGGGGAAACCGGCCCCGAGCGUGGCCGGGCGGGCGGAGCAGCGCCCUGAGUGCCCGCCGAGAACGGGCGGCGGAGGGUGCUCGGGGAGGGCAGAAACUAAAAGAGCAAACCCGCAGAAAACUACCAAAAUAAAGUUUGCAGUCUGUGCACUUCCCCCCCCCCUAAAUUUAUGACUUUGAAAAAAAGAUCGUUAGGAAGGCCCAGUGACUCUUCUGACAUAAAGAAGUCUUGUGCUAACCCGGUUUCUUGAUGGUGGUGCUCUUUUCCUCCGGUUUGGAGGAAAAAAACAUUCCGCGUGCAUUCCCAGAGGGCUGUUCCAGCAUCUCCUCCAGUGGAGCAUCUCCGAGCGGCUCAAGCGUGAAGCAGGCACUGCUUAUCUGUCCCAAGUCUGAGUAACAGAGACAUGAUCACUCAAAUUGAAUGCCACUAAUCCAAAAGUAAAUGAGGAACUUAGGAAAAGAUUGCCAACUCCAAAUCAACACAGUUGCACGAAAUUGAAAAAGAAGUGUACAGCUUCAUUCGAGGGACUCUUGUAAGGAACUCCGUGUUCUGUGAUAUUAGCCCUGAAAUCUUCAAGAAAAAAACUGGACUCGGUGCCAGAUCAAACAAGUGCAGAAGAACAAAUGGAAAACUGGUCAAAAGAAAUGCCCAUACUGGAUCAGGAAAAAGAAGACAUCUGUGUUGAGUUUCAAUUUCAUCAGAAUUCUCAGAAAAACACAGAAAUUUUCAUCCAGGCAGAAGCUGAAACACUGAAACUUUCAGAUGGGCCAAUAACCAGUCAAAGAGGAGGACAUGCAGGUGAUUGUCAUUCCAGUCCUGAAGAAUCAAGACACAGCACCGUAGAAAGACAGGCUAACAGGAUGCCCCCUGAAUUUAUAUCCUUAUGGGAGGAUUCUGCAGAUUUAGGUGGAAAAACAGAAACUGCAUUCCUUUUAAAAGAACUGGAUACUCUGAGGGCCAAAAAUAAAAAGCUUCAGGAUCAGCUGGCUGAAAAGGACAAGGAGCUGAAGACAAUAAAACUGGACUUGGAACUGCAAGAGGGAGCUACAGAAGCAAAGAUUGCAGAGAAGAUUGCAGUUCUGGUGGAAGAAGUUUAUUCUGCUCAACGGGAACGUGAUGAGGCUGUCAUGGCAAGGCUUAGGUUAGCCAAUGAAGAGAGGGAUGAAGCCUUUCUGCGAGUCCAGCGUUUAGAACAAUCUCUCAAAGAGCUAGAAAAUAUUAACCCUGAAGAAAAUGACAUGACAUUACAGGAAUUACUGAACAGAAUAAACAAUGCAGACACAGGGACAGAUAUACUGAAGAAUGGAGCUAUAAUUCUGAAUCGAAUACACAGGACCAAAGAACGUAGAAAGAAAAUAAUAGCUGAGGAAAUGAAUGCAGUAAUAGAACAACGGGAUGCUGCUUUGUCUCAGUGCAAACGGCUGGAGCAGGAGCUUCAUCAUCUGAAAGAGCAGAACCAGACCUCAGCAAACAACACGAGACAUCUGACUGCUGAAAACAAUCAAGAACGUGCUCUGAAGGCAGAGUUGAUAGCCUUGCAACAAGAAAAAGAGGCUGCUCUUCAGCAGUGUAAAAAAUUAAAAGAAGAAAUCCAGACACUGAGUGUUUAUUACAGCUUAUACAAAUCUUUGUCUGAAGGAAUGAGUCUGAAGGACCAGCUUAACUGUACUUUCAGUACUUCUGAAGGUGGGCUGGAAGGCAAGGAGGACGUUGUGACCCUUACUUAUCGCCAAAUUGAAGAUCUGGCAGCUCAGCUGCACCAAGCUCGGUCAGAGCAGAAGGACACAGAGCUGAAGCUCCAGAAAGCCCUGGAGGCUUCACAGGAGGCCAAUGAAAAAGUUCAGAAGUUGGAAAGGCUGGUGGACGUCCUGAGGAAGAAGGUUGGAGCAGGGACCAUUAGGACCGUGAUCUGAUUGAAAGCUCUAGUCUAAGGCCGCAUACACAUCUGGUGACCAGGCUGCUUCAUUCAGCACUGUGUAAACACUAAAGCCUUAACUUAGCAAACAGUUGUUAGAAGUGGGACACUCCAGCGACAUUCCAAGCUGAGAUAAAAUCAAAUCAUAAAUGUUUAACUACUUUGCUGCUGAGUUCUGUGAUUUGUUGAAAUGUUUCGCUGCAAACAUGUAUUUGUUUUUAAGCAGAUGCACUGUGGCGCUGUGUACUGUGAAAAAUGAUGUAGAUGCUUAUUUUAACAGUCUGUCCCUCUCAGUGUUACAAGACUAUAGUCUGCUGCGAGGCACAGCUUGACCGUGCUUUCAGAUACUGCCGAUUUCAGGUGCAAAAUCAUUCAAAGCGGUAUCAAAAUUUAAAUCCCUUAUGUUAUUGGUGAGACUGCGACCGGUCCAGUAUUUGUACGUUAAAUAUAUUAAUUGAUAAAAGAGGUUCGCAUUCAAGAAAUAUCUCUUGAUAUUAGAAUAUUGGGAAUUUUUUCCUCUUUACUCAUAGCCUGUUGAAUUGCAGCUGGUGACUGUGGCUGCAUCUCAAGCAAGGAUAUAUAUGUAGCUUUAUACAGCCGUUGAAUAGCUACUGCUAGUACGUGAUAUUUUCAGUGUACAGGAAAAACAAAUGUACAGGUGGGUUUAACUGGUGGUGCAGCUUCAUAAAUUGCAACGUGAAAGCCUUGUGACGUUGUGCAGUAUUUCAGACAGUGGAGAAAGUUUCCUGUGUUGUUUUCAGUCACUUCUCUGUCCUUUCCUGUGAUGGAAAAUCUCUCAGAUAUUCAGAAACCACCUUAUGGAGUCAAAAUUUACCUUUUCAGUGUGAGGUGGGUCUCUCACCUCUUUCCUACAAGACUUUUUCCUGCUUCUUUAGACCUCUUGUUGCCCUGCAGUGCGAGACUGCCAUUCAGGCUGGGUUUGAGGCCAGGCUGCCAACCCUGUGCUUUGUGUACUCCUGAAGUGCCCUGGGACUGAAUUCAAAGGCUGAAGGAUGAAAUCCUAUAGGGAGGGGAGAAACUGAGGGCUGAGGAGGAAAAUUUGGGGUACAGAAACAUUCAGGCACUACAGAACUUAUAGAAACAAGAGGCUCGGCCAUAGACUUAUAUUUGUGACGUAAAUAUGUCCCUGUAUUUGGCAUUUCUUUGUCACAUGACCAAAGGUGAGCAGAAAAGUCAGGUCAGCGCUUGUAUAAACCUGCUGAUGAAGGCAACUGUAGUCUCUAAGCAGCCUAAAUUCAGGAAGGAACCUCAGAAGCACUGUGGGCUUUAAGCUACUCCCAGGACCAGCCAGCUCAGGUUGGGUGGAUGUUGCUCCUAAGGCUUCCACUUGCCUACUCUGCUUUGUGUUUAAUGUCAUUAUGCUGUCUUUUUUCUUAAUGUUUGCUUGUACAGAUGUCAAGAUAGGGCAGUCUAGCUGAAGAAAAUGAAUUUAAUUUUGGGUAGGGUGAGAGAUGUCAAUGCCUGGUUUUCUUUUCAAGCACUUCCACGUUAAACCUUCAUCAUCUGCACACCUAAGCUUCUCCUAGUUUCAGCCAACCAAACCUAAGCCCUUGAAGGGAGAUGAAUAGGAUUCCUCCAAGCCAAAUUUACCUAAGUCACUUCCAGAAACUUCUGAAAUACUCCUUUUUGACCUUUGGUCAGUCCUAAGAUAGCCAGUGAGCCUGGAAUCUCUUCCCCACCCUUAUUCAGUGGGAAGAAAGUUCUAGACCAGAGGGCUGUCAUCUCCCAGCCCCUGCGGCAUCUCUCGUGUGCAGCUGUCCAGCACGUGAGCAACUCAACUACUCUUUUUCCUACUGUCCUCGUUAAGCUUUAGGGCACUAAGUGAAAGACAGGGUCUCCUGAACUGUCAGUGCUGUUUAACCUCUGCUCUAAGGAAGUGAUGAGGUCGAGGAGGUAUCUUAUUAAAGAUAAAAGUGUAAGGACUGCUAUACUGUGCUAUAGCCCAAAGGUCCAGCUAGCCCAAAGACUGCCUCCGGCAAUAACCAGUAGAAGGUGCCUACGAAAUGGUGUAAAGUCAGGCCAGCACUAGUGACCUUUCUCCUGAGUGGUCUCCCAGCAAUUUGUUAUUUAGGGGUUUUCUGAGCCAGAGGCGAUGACUUUGUAUUUAGCAGCACUAUUUCAUUACCUGUUUUUCAAAUCAAUUUAAAUUUGUAGCAUCUACUUGUUCCUCUCAUGAGGACUUAAGCAGUUAAUGAUGCAUUGAGUGGAGAAAUGUUUCCCAUUCCUUGUUAUGAACUAUUCAUUUACUAUCACCUAAUUUUUGUAUUAAAGAAAUGGUGAACAACCAUUCCCUGUUCAUAUUGUUUCCAUGUCCCUUGUGAUUUUACAUCUCUGACAUCCUUCCCCCACCAUGUCUUCUUCAGAGAGAACCCCUAGUCUCUUGUAAAGAAGCUGUCUCAUAUUUUUAAUUUGCCUUGUCACGAUAAUCAAUUUCUUUUGCGGUUCUGCAAUGUUUUUACUGAGAUACGAUCAGAUUUGUGCCUGGUAUGCAAAAUAUGCACAAAUUGCGAAUAAUAACGAUGUCUGUUUUAUUCUCUGUGCUCUUUGUAAUCAUUUUUUAGCAUUAGAUUUGCUUUAUUACAGAUUAUUUUGUGAAUUUAAUAUUUCUGUAAUAAUAACAACAACUCUAGAUCUCAUUCCUCAGUUUUAGUAUUUAGCUCAGAGUUCAUCUAAGGAGGUAUUAGGACAGAACUGUUUUCUAAAUGCAUAACUGUGCGUUUAUGGGUACUGAAUGUCAUCUCUUGUUUUAACAUCCGUGGUGACCACGAGCUCCUGUUCCAUCUCUUCUCACAGCUCAUCUUUACUGCUCGCAGUAACAUAGUAUCAUCAGCAUCUCCAUGCUGAAUAUAGUGAUAGGAAACAUCACCAUCUCCAAAUUACCCUCCUUUUCAAGGUGAUUUCUUAGUUAAAUUGAACAAUGUGGGCUCUGGGGCAAAUAUGCUCGUAGGACACUAAGGGAACUUUCCUUCACUGUUAAAUGAUACAUCUAUUCUUACCCGUUGUUUUAAUCUAACUUUUAACUACGUGUUUUUCCAUGUAGAGAUCUUCCCUCUUACUCAUUGGCAGCUUUGAUGAGGAAGCUUGUUUGCUGCAUUAGAAAUGCAAGUUUUCUAAAGCAGGGCUUGUUUGCCACGCAUGACUGUGCUCAGUUCCUCCUUCCCCCAGGAGUAGCAACAAAUCCACACCUUGCCCCAAGUCUUUCUGCCUCUGAGCAAAUAAUCUUGUGAGUGCAGGCUUCAUACAGCAGGACUAUUUGACCUCCAUCCUUUUUUGUCAGCUGGCUUUGUUCAGGAAAGCAGGACGGGUCAGGCAAAAGCCACCUAACAGGCGUAAUGUCAGGUACCUCUGAUUGUGGGUAAUAAUUGAUUCAGUAAAAUAAAGUGAUAGUUUUUCUUCAUAAUCUUCCUUUUGACUCCUUGUUCCUAAGUGAAAAAGUAUUUCCUGACUCUCUCUUAUGUUUUGUACCAAGUAUUCAUUGAGCUUUUUGGAUUGGGGUUUUUAUCAUUCUGUAGCUAAAUUACUUGGAAUCAUAAUUCAAUUAGGUGUUGAUUUUUUAAAUUCAACUAGAAAUGUUUGUCUUCUUUGAAAAGGGCCUUGAGAAAUUUACUGUGCAGAGCGGCAAAGGUUUGGAAGUGGUUGGGUUCUCACCCUUUCUUGCUAAAAAAACUGGUAUGUGGUCUUAGUGACAGUCAGAAAAGGUGUGCAGCCCCUGAAGAGCUGCGUAAGCUCCUCAGGGGAGUUUGCAAAAGCAUCUUCAAAAGCAAAAAAGUUGCUAAUGUCAAGACACUUCCACUUCUUCACCUGCUGAAGUGAACAGCAAAAGUCACACAGGUCCAGUAAAGCAGACCCAUCCUUUAGUGCCCUUGGGUGAAUUUCUGGCCUCAUCGAACACCAUCAGAGUUUUGCCUUUUGAUGUAACAGGGCAGGAAUUCUAGUUUGGCACGUAGAAAUAGGCAAUAAUGAAAAUUAGGGUUAAUUGGCUUUUAUCGUACAGUUUAUUCAUUGAGAGCUGAUUGAUGUCCACGCAGAGCUCUGAAGGUGAAAACAAGCCUGCUCUAGGAAGCAAACACAUGCAGUUGUUACUUCUGUCCUAUUUAUGAGAGAAGGAUGAGAUUGCAUCAGAUAUGUACCAGGAGUAGCAAUUCAUUAGCCUCCCGAUGGAACAGCAGUUUGUGAUGAAAGGUGGCUCACCGCAGGCAAUGCUUAUGGUGACGGUUGUAAAUACUGGUCAAAUUAGUGUCCACGCUGUCUUGAAGAGCGCUGAUACUCAGAAACAUCCUUCCCCUGCAAGAUUUUGUGUGUUUCUCUUGGUGAUGCUGCAGCACGUUAUGCAUUGGGAGCCGUUUCUGGUAUAUGCCAGGGUAAGAUAUGUAAAUAGCAUCGUGUUGGCUUGGGAUAAGAGCGUUAUUAAUGCUUUUCAGCACUGUAAUUAUAUUCAUAGUAAGCCAUCCCUAAGCCCUCACUAAUUAACAAUAUUGUGACAAAUCAACUUUAACAGAAAAGAACUGUGGACCUUAAUCAUUUAGUACUGUUCUUCAUUCAGCCCACAGCCCAAACUGGUAGCAUGGUUUUCUGUACUAGUGUUGGGAAAACUGCUGAUAUUUGAAAAGUUCAGAGGCAGCUCGGUCUUGUUAGUGGAAUCCUGUAGAUGAAGUCAGUUUGAGUCCUCUUUAAAUAUAUUCACAAGUAAGAUGCAUUAGUUAAUCAUUAAUUGUAGGGGAAUAUUGAAACUGCUUUUAUAAAUAAGCCAUCAUAUUGAAAUAGUUUAGUAGUGUCAGUGUGUCGUCACAGGCACAUUUAUUUAUUUAUUUGUUCCAAAUCACAGGACAUUUUACCAGAUACCUUAAUUUUCAAAUUAAAUGGCUUUAUAAAUAUUCUUAUCAAGUGUUCUGUAACAUCUUUAAGCCACGUACACAAAUGAAUCUGAACAGGAUUUCUCUGUGCCUUUAUUCUCUUAAUUUAAAAUAAUUCCAGUUGAAGGGGUUUAGAUUUGGGGUUUUUUUGCUUGUAGUUUUUAGCCUAGAAGAUUUGUCUCCCAUGCAAGAAUAAACCGUGAGACACAUGAAAUCACUGACCGGCAGUUUCUCGUGAUACUGUACUUGCUAUGAUCACAGUGUUGCAUGUACUGACUCUUAUCACUGUACCAUUUCACAUCACGUCUGCAAAACUGGAGUUUCUUUGUUUGUUCUUCUCAUGCAUUGGUAAAUAAAAUGUAUUCACGAGUCCAAAAAAACAGAGGGAUGUUCUCAUUUUAGGUUGAUUAGAAGUAAACUGUUGAGCUGCAGUGGUCUAAACAUUUCAUUCUUUGGUUUUGUUGGGAGCACACGUGUUCUGGGAGGCUUUUAAACAAAUACUUGAAAUGGUUGAAAGAUUUACACUGCCAGUGCCUAGCUAAAUAUGUAGUCUUUAGAAAAGACAUGGUUUAUUUUGGCACCAUUUGAAAAACUCAAAUAUU